AUGGAAUGCCUCAAAAAAUGCUGGUCAGGCCGAAGCAGGUCCAACAAACCUCCAACUGCUAAACACAGCCUACAAUCUCUCAUCGAACAUGGCUCAGAUCCGGAGCGAAUCAACGACUCAGUCGCAGGGCCGUAUUCCGCCACUACCGCCGCGUUGUAUAGAGGAGACGGCCCGAUUGACGGGACAGAUACCAAGUGGACUUUGAGCCUCUUACCAAAGGAUCAAAUAUCUGCAGAAGCGGAGAGGUACUCAUGGACGAUCCGAGCUUUUGAAAAAGACAUCAAGAACCUUGAAGGAGUGGAAGAAGGACUGAAAGGACCUAUAACAACUUCGAGUAAACUUAUCCGUACGGUGGAUCCUCACGUACAAAAAGAAUUCCCGCAUCAACUCCACAUGGGUUUCUCAAGAGGGGACAGUAAUAUUUAUACGGAGAUUGGAAACCCAUCGUAUGGCCCAGUGCAAUUCAUGCCCUGGGGUACAAUUAUGACUAAAACAAACAAUAUCGCCGCUCUCACCACGGAGAAUCGUUUCCCAUUCCAUGCGGAUCAGUACAGCAGGAUUUUAACAGGCUAUGAAAAUGUUGUGCCUCACACGAGAAGGAGACGUAACAGCACAAGUGAAGUUGAUCCAAUCCGAGAGAGUUCUAUUCUGGAGAGCCUUCUACAAGCUGAGGAGGCCGAUCCAAGAAAUGCUCAACCUCCCAUGUUGAAAGUGACGUUGGCAGGGUAUCAAACCUCCGAUGAUACCAGAGAGCACGAUACCUACGAUUUCAGAUUUAAUCUGGCGGAUGAUGUUACGGAGGGAAAUCAUCCAGAAAACUCAGCCAUCGGAGACUUCUCAAUGAGUCACUUUGACAAGCGCCACACUGACGCAGAGACUGAAGAUAGGUUCGUUAGAUCGUUCCGUACCCUUCUGGAUACAUUGAAAAUCUUGUCGGAAGACAGAUGUGCCAAUGUACACGUUGAGUAUACGACUACCGAUAACUUCGCUGUUAAAGUGCUAGGUAUGCCUUAUCAAGAGUCCGGCCAACAGAAUUAUCUAGUUAGAAUGAGGGAUCUUGAAACUCAAUACAACCCGGAGGAGUUCCAAGGGACCGCAUAG